AUGGCGGACAACCUAACAAAAAACUUGGGCGACACCGCCUCCAACGCAACCGGCGGCCGUGAGGGAGGACCCGGCGAUACAAUCGGUAAACUAGGCAACACCGCCACCUCUACAGUAUCCCCAAAGAACAAGAAGAAGUCGAAAAAGGGAGGCAACAGCAAUGAUGAAGAGGAUGAAGAAGCGAAUGAGGGGUUCGGUCUUGACAAUGGAUCAGAUGUAAAAGGCAGCCUAAAGGUGCAUAUCAAGUUGGAUCUGGAAGCCGACAUUAAGGUCUAUGCGAGAAUUAGGGGAGAUAUUGCCAUUGGGAUCUUGUAA